GAUUUUGUAUCUAUAGAGAAAUGUCGUCGGUUGGUUUGAAAAGCGCUCGUGUUAAUCGAAUAAAUAAACGUGAAUUAGAUGCAAGUAUGUCUUUUGCUUUUAUGAUCCUUGUUUUCUAUAGAUUGUUUGAUUAAUGAUUUAGUUGGUACCAGGCAGAAGGAAAAGAGAAGUCGAGUAUGAAAAUAAACAGUUAUAUAUUUUUGAGAAUCUAUAGGAUAGAUUUUGUAUGUUUACUUUAUAGCAUCGACCAGGAUUCACAAGUGGAAUCGAAGUUUCGUUGAAGGUACGGUAAGAGCUGUGUGUAACUCUGUUAAAAUCACAAUAUACAUUAUCUUGGUGUGUAUUAUAGAUAGAAAAUCAUAUUCGAUUACAAAGGUCUAAGUCACAAGAAGUGAGGGCUUUUUAGUGUCAUAGUUUUGAAUUAAUGAUUGUUUUUAUGUAUUUAGAAUGGAUCCUCGAGAAAAGCGUACAAUAGUGCAAUACAACCUCUUCAGUAUCGUAGUCGACAACAUCGUUUGCAACUUCGACAACCACCGCCAAUCCAUUUACUUUUAGGUAAUUUUCGAUGGGAUACGAAUGGCACAACCAUUGCUAGCAAUGGCACACCUGGUUCAACAGCAAAUCAACUGAAUUCACCUUAUACUUUAGUUAUUGAUAAAUAUGAUCAUAUGUACAUAGCUGAUACACAGAAUCAUCGUAUACAAAAAGUAGUAUUAAGUUCAUUGGUCAUAACGACUGUUGUUGGAAAUGGAACGGGUCUUAAUACUCCAACAAAUUUGCUUCUUCCAACAGCUGUUUAUGUUGAUAAAAAUCAAAUUAUUUAUACAGCUGAUUUAAGUUCAUAUCGGAUAAGAUUGUGGACUAAUUCAUUUACAAGUACAAAUAUAGCUGGUGCAAAUUCAACAUUCAUUCAACGAGUGUGUGGUCUUUGGGUUGAUUCAAUUGGAACCAUAUAUGCUGCCGAUGCUGUUUUUAAUUAUGUGAUUAAAUUUCCUGUGGGAGCUUUGACUGGAACAAUCGUGGCUGGCUCUGGUAUCGCUGGUAAUAAUACUAACCAACUAAAUUUACCGUGGGGUCUUUACGUAGAUGAAACGAAUUCUCUCUUGUAUGUUUCAAAUUCUGGUGGGAACACAGUUGCAAAAUGGUCCAUAGGUUCAUCGACCGGAACAUUUCUAGUUGGCCCGUCAGGACUAAAUUCAACAUUGUUAAACCAUCCUCUGGGUAUUACAAGAGAUGAUUAUGGUAACCUGUAUGUGGCUGACUGUUAUAAUAACCGUAUACAAAUGUACUGUGCAUCAAACAUAAGUGAAGGUAUAACAAUUAUUGGAGAUGGUGUAGGAACUGAUAGUACCCAUUUAGAUUGUCCUACAAGUGUUGCGUUUGAUUCCAAUUCUACUUUAUACGUCAGUGAUUUAGCCAAUCAUCGAGUCCAAAAAUAUACAAAAUUAUAA